AUGGCGACUGGCAAGAAAACGAAGACGUUAUAUACACAGGAUCAAGUUGUUGCACAGUUUAACCAUUUAAGACAGGAACAGAGAGCGAUUGCUUCCAAGAUUGGCGAAUUAGAAUUAGAGAAAAAUGAGCACAAAAUUGUCAUUGAUACCUUGCAAGAGGUCGACGCAAAGAGGAAAUGCUUCCGUUUGAUUGGAGGCAUUUUGGUUGAAAGGACGGCUGGAGAAGUCCUUCCAGCGUUGCAACAUAACCAAGAGCAGAUCAUUAAAGCAACGGAAAAACUAAAAGAGAGAUUAGGUACCAAAGGAGAAGAGAUAAAUCAAUUUAGGCAAAAGUAUAACAUUAAAGUCAGAGGAGAACGAGAAUCCAAUCAGGAAGAGAGCAAAGAAACAAAGUCGUCUGGCCAAGGGAUACUCGUUGCUGGCAAAGAUUAA